UUUUGUAAGUCUCCUAUUCGAAGACAAGAAAGUGGAACACGUUCGGACUCACGAGCCUACCCGGUCAAGCUGUUCAAUGUGUAUGUUAAAAAGUGUCUGUUGACAUUAUAUCGGGUACACAGACAGGAAUAGCUUGAUAAUGGUCACAGAAGAAAACCAUUAACAAAGUACAAUAAACUUAUUAGUAAUUCAUCAUGGCUGCAGCCUACUCGAAUGUCACAAGGAAACUGCUACUUAAUCUCACAGACAUCAAAUCAAGUACUCGGCUGUUACCAGCAUUUAGCUGUUCAAUAUGGCAAACGAGGGACUAUUCCAGCUGCCCAAACAGCUUGUGUGGACGUCAGUUAAGCAUCCACCCAUUGUGCAGGACCAAAUAUGCAGCCAUAAGUCACACCACUUUUUUUUUGCCGAUGCGGUGUAUGGCCGGACACAGUAAAUGGCAGAACAUAAAGCGCACCAAAACAGCGAAAGAUUCGGAACGAAACAAAGUGUUUUCAAACAUUGCUAAUCAGAUAAGGGCAGUUGUUCAAGCCACAGGAGUAUCCGACCCCAAACGAAAUCCAACAUUAGCCAGAAUCAUUGCUGAUGCCAAGGCAAAGAAUGUUCCUGCUGCCAACAUAGAGGCUGCUCUGGAAGCAGCUGCAAAGGCCAGAGACAAUUCCUCUGUGGUGUACUUCGAAGGGCGAGGUCCUUGUGGAACGUUUUUCGUCGUUGAAGCCUUCACUGCAAAGUCCACAAAAACCAAGAAUGACCUUCAAAAUAUUAUCAAGAGGUUUGGCGCUUCGAUAGGCGAGCCUGGCAUGGCGAGGCAUGCGUUUGACAAGAAGGGCGUAAUCAUGGCGACACUGUCGGAGGAGAAUGUGGACAUGGACAAGUACGUGGAAGUUGCUAUCGAAGCAGGGGCAGAAGAUGUUACCACAGAGAAGGAUGAAACAGAGGAACAUUUUCUUAAGUUUAUAUGUGACCCAACGACUUUGAUGUCAGUGAAGGGCAAGUUAGAGGGACAUGUGGACAUCCGUUCCUUCAUGGUGGACUUCCUACCGAUGACCACUGUUGACCCGCCGCCACAGGAGCUGGAAAUCGUGGAGAAGCUGACAGAGAAAAUGGAGGAGAACCCGGAUGUCCAGCGUGUGUUUUUCAAUGUCAGGGGAACCGAUUCAUGACAUCCCCAACUCUAGAUUAUUUCUGAGAGUGCUGAUGUCGUGAGGCCUCGGUACUGUUUCUCUGGUGAGAGUGGAUAGGUUUGAGUGGCGCAUGUAACUGUAUUCCAGUAAUAUAGCAGCAUAUUGAGGGAGGAAUGCCAGAAGUGAUACAGGUCCUGAGUGUUUACCAUUAUUGUGAAAACCAGGAGCACAGGCAUGGUACUGGCAAACCCAGACAUAUGAUCACAGGGAAGAGAAAUUCCAACCCACGAUCAUAGUUUUCUUGAGAAACGCCACCCUGCACUGCCUGUUGAAACCAACUUCGCUUUGAAAGUGGUUAAAGCGUUCACGCCGAAGAUCCGGGGUCGAUUCCCUGCAUGGGUACAAUGUGCUCCAUUUCUGGUGUCCCCCCCCCCCCUUUGAUAUUGCUGGAAUAAUGCUGGAAUAAUGCUGAAAGCGACAUAAAGCUAAACUCACUACAGUCUAUUAUAACUAAAGAUUAUUUCUGAGAGUGCUGAAGUUGUCAUACUGUUUCUUUGUAAUCUGGAAGUCGUGAAUAUAUAGGUUUGGAGUAUUGUGAUCUAAACGAAUAAUGUUACGUUUGAAUGCUUGUGAUAUUUGUAUGGAAUAAACUGCAAGGCAAAAGACAU